GGAGGGAUGACACUUAAGCGUGUCCAAAGGAGACACCAGCAGCCCAAGACACGCGGCCGACACUAUUCUGGGUGCUUUUGGUCUUCAGCCGACCGCAAUGGCACCUGGACCUCACCUGUGAUACGCUUCCUCCACCCGACCGAGCACCGCCAACCGUAUCGGCUGGGACGCGCUUUCCAAAGCGGCCCGCAGCCACUGCCGUUCGGCUGGCUACAAGUCGGCUCGUCGUCCGCCUCAACUGCCAAAGUAAGAAGAAGAAGAAGACGCGACCAUGAGUUCGGAGAAAAAAGUGGAGGACGAGGCCGUCCUGGACCGAGGGGCGUCUUUCGUCAAGCACGUGUGCGACGAAGAGGAAGUGGAAGGUCACCACACGGUCUACAUCGGCGUGCACGUUCCCAAGAGCUACCACCGCCGCAGACGCCACCGCCGCAAGUCCAGCCACAAGGAGAGGCGAGAGCGCGGCGAGCACGGCGCCGAGGGCUACAAGUCGGAUGGCGACAUCGCCGACGACGCCGGCGCCAGUCUCCUCAAGCCGCUCAUUUCGCCGGCGGAGAGGAUCCGCUUUAUCCUGGGCGAAGAAGAUGACGCCCCCCCUCCUCCUCAGCUCUUCACCGAGCUGGACGAGCUGCUGUCGGUGGACGGGCAGGAGAUUGAGUGGAAGGAGACUGCCAGAUGGAUCAAGUUCGAGGAGAAGGUGGAGAAGGGCGGCGAGCGCUGGAGCAAGCCGCACGUGGCCACGCUGUCGCUGCACAGCCUGAUGGAGCUCAAGACCUGCAUCGAGAAGGGCACCAUCUUGCUGGAUCUGGACGCCGCCACGCUGCCGCAAGUCGUCGAGAUGGUGACGGACAAUCAGAUCGAGAGCGGCCAGCUGAAGGCGGAUUUGAAGGAGCGGGUCAUGUACACGUUGCUGCGCAAGCAUCGCCACCAGACCAAGAAGUCCAACUUGCGCUCGCUCGCCGACAUCGGCAAAAGCGUCUCCAGCGCCAGCCGGCUCUUUUCCAGCCAGGAGAACGCACGCAACCUCAACGAGCAGCCGGUGCCUUGUUUGUCUCCGCACGAGCCCGAAGACCCCUGCGAGGUCCUGAGGAGCGCCAGCAUGGGCUACCUCUGUAGUCCCACCACGGCCCAUCGCAAUCUGACCUCCAACAGCCUGAGCGACUUCUCGGACAAGCCGGAGAAGGAUCAGCUGAAAAACAAGUUCAUGAAGAAGCUUCCCCGCGACGCCGAAGCCUCCAACGUGCUGGUGGGCGAGGUGGACUUCCUGGAGAUGCCGUUCGUGGCGUUCGUCCGCCUGCAGCAAGCCGUCAUGCUGGGGGCGCUCACCGAGGUUCCGGUGCCCACCAGGUUCCUCUUUGUGCUGCUGGGCCCGAAAGGAAAAGCAAAGUCCUACCACGAGAUCGGAAGAGCCAUCGCCACUCUCAUGUCUGAUGAGGUGUUCCACGAUAUCGCUUACAAGGCCAAGGACCGGCAGGACCUGCUGGCUGGCAUCGAGGAGUUCCUGGAUGAAGUCAUCGUGCUGCCCCCCGGGGAGUGGGACCCCGACAUCAGAAUAGAGCCGCCCAAGACGUUGCCGUCCUCAGACAAGAGAAAGAACCAGUUUUCCGGCUUGGAGCCCCCGCCCAUGAACGGAGAUACCCCCCAUGACUGGGGUCAAGGCGGGGGUGGAGGUCACGAGGUCGGCGAGGAGCUGCAGUGCACCAGAAAGUUCUGCGGUGGCCUGGUGCUGGACGUGAAGCGCAAGGUGCCGUUCUUCGCCAGCGAUUUCUACGACGCGCUGCACAUCCAGUCGCUGUCCACCAUCUUGUUCAUCUACCUGGGCACCGUCACCAACGCCAUCACCUUCGGAGGGCUGCUGGGGGACGCCACUGAAAACAUGCAGGGCGUGCUGGAGAGCUUCCUGGGCACGGCUCUGACGGGCUGCGUCUUCUGCCUGCUGGCGGGUCAGCCGCUCACCAUCCUCAGCAGCACCGGACCCGUUCUGGUCUUCGAGCGGCUCCUCUUCAACUUCAGCAAGGACCACGGCUUCGACUACCUGGAGUUCCGCCUGUGGAUCGGGCUGUGGUCGAGCGUGUUCUGCCUGGUGCUGGUGGCGACGGACGCCAGUUUCCUGGUCAAGUACUUCACGCGCUUCACCGAGGAAGGCUUCUCGGCGCUCAUCAGCUUCAUCUUCAUCUACGACGCCUUCAAGAAGAUGAUCAAGCUGGCGCACCACCACCCCAUCAACGCGCACUACCGAGCCGAGCUCGUCAUAAUGUACGACUGCACCUGCCAACCCGGCAACACCACGGACCUCUAUGAGGCCGCCGGCUGGACGAACAGUUCCGACCUGUCGGAGAACGCCACCUGGGCGACGCUCACCCGCGACCAGUGCGUCAAUUACGGCGGGCGUCUGGUGGGCGAGGCCUGCGGCUACGUGCCUGACAUCACCCUCAUGUCCUUCAUCUUGUUCUUCGGCACCUACACCUGCUCCAUGGCGCUCAAGAAGUUCAAGACCAGUCGCUUCUUCCCCACCAAGGUGAGGAAGCUGAUCAGCGACUUUGCCAUCAUCAUCGCCAUCCUGCUCUUCUGCGGCGUGGACGCUCUAGUGGGUGUGGACACGCCCAAGCUCAUCGUGCCAAGCCAAUUCAAGCCUACCAGUCCAUCGCGAGGCUGGUUCGUCCGUCCCUCCGGGAGCAACCCGUGGUGGGUGUACCUGGCCGCGGCCCUCCCCGCCCUGCUGGUCACCAUCCUGAUCUUCAUGGACCAGCAGAUCACGGCGGUCAUCGUCAACAGGAAAGAGCACAAACUCAAGAAAGGCGCGGGGUACCACCUGGACCUGUUCUGGGUGGCGGUGCUGAUGAUGGUGUGCUCCUUCAUGGGCCUGCCCUGGUACGUGGCCGCCACCGUCAUCUCCAUCGCCCACAUCGACUCGCUCAAGAUGGAGACGGAGACGUCGGCGCCCGGAGAGCAGCCCAAGUUCUUGGGUGUCAGGGAGCAAAGAGUCACCGGGAUCAUCGUUUUCAUCCUGACCGGACUUUCCGUCCUCAUGGCCCCCGUCCUCAAGUUCAUUCCCAUGCCCGUGCUGUAUGGCGUCUUCCUGUACAUGGGCGUGGCCUCGCUCAACGGCGUCCAGUUCAUGGAUCGUCUGCAGCUGCUGCUGAUGCCGGCUAAGCACCAGCCAGACCUCAUCUACCUUCGCCACGUGCCCCAGCGCCGCAUCCACCUGUUCACCUUCAUCCAGGCCUUGUGCCUGGCCCUCCUCUGGGUGCUCAAAUCCACCGUGGCCGCCAUCAUCUUCCCCGUCAUGAUCUUGGCCUUGGUGGCCGUGCGCAAGGCCAUGGACUACCUGUUCUCCCAGCACGACCUGAGCUACCUGGACGACGUCAUCCCCGAGAAGGACAAGAAGAAGAAGGAGGACGAGAAAAAGAAGAAGCACAAGAAGAAAGGCAGCAUCGACUCUGAAAACGAUUACUCCGACUACCCCUUCCACGACAAUAUUCCCACGAUAAAAAUCUCCAUGCCGAUGAUGGAGCAGCAGCCCAUGUUGGGACAGAAGUCUUUGGCUAGAAGCACGUCGCAGGAUUUCCUUAACACACAUUCGCCGUGCUGAGCACCGCUUGCAGUCGUCCACAGUGGCCGACCUUGAGCGAGGCGCCUACACCAAAGCGUCGUCUGACAUCCCAGCGGAGGACAACCGUUUCUUCUGGAAAAAGUCCUCCGAAACAGACCUGUGAAAAGAUUUGAAGAGCAACUUCGUUUUUGUUUUUUUUACUCAGUGCUAUUUUUAAAGAUUCCUUUCCAAUCACAAAUGGCUGGAUCUAUAUAUUGUUUUUUAUUAUGACAAAGCCACGAGCAGUUUCGUUGAUCCAACAUUCAGUAUGACUGAUUCCUGGAGUUUUCCUUAAUUGCACAGAAGAUAAGUGAUUCGUAUAAUCAUCGUCAGUCUGGAUUGUUUAUUCCACUAAAUAGGCCAAUAAACUAAAAAAAAAAAAUAAUAAUUAUACUCAAGCAGACAA